AUGGUAUGGUCUUAUGCUGAACUGGUGUCCAUCCCCAGACCAACACCAGAAGCUGAGGUCAGAGAGGCCCAGGAGGAUGGAGAGUCCAAAGUGAGAGUAGGAGAUGUUGUGUAUGUGAAGAUUGACAUCGGGCUGAUGGUUGCAAACAGUCAGGUGAUUUUUGAGAAGGCAGAGAAUUCUUCCCUCACACUAGUUGGUAAGGCAAAGGCCCGACAGACAAUCAUCAACCCAGACUGGAACUUUGAGAAGAUUGGGAUUGGAGGUUUGGACAAGGAGUUCUGUGCCAUAUUCCGCAGAGCAUUCGCAUCCCGAGUCUUUCCUCCAGACAUUGUGGAACCAAUGGGGUGUAAGCAUGUGAAGGGCAUCUUGCUGUUUGGACCUCCAGGUUGUGGUAAAACACUGAUGGCCAGGCAGAUUGGCAAAAUGCUCAACGCCCGCGAGCCAAAGGUUGUCAACGGCCCCGAGAUCCUCAACAAAUACAGGGGAGAAUCUGAGGCCAACAUCCGCAAACUGUUCGCCGACGCAGAGGAGGAGCAGAAGAGGCUGGGAGCCAACAGCGGCCUCCACAUUAUCAUCUUUGAUGAGCUGGACGCCAUCUGCAAGCAGAAAGGCACGGCUACCAGCAGCGCAGGAGUGCACGACACCGUGGUGAACCAGCUUCUGUCAAAGAUUGACGGUGUGGAGCAACUGAACAACAUCCUGGUCAUCGGUAAAUAG